CCGCGAGGGUGGCUGAGGCGAGCGGCGGCGAGCCGAGGCGAGCCGAGAUGAACGCGGUGCUCGCCGUGAAGCAGUACGUGUCCAAGAUGAUCGAGGACAGCGGGCCGGGCAUGAAGGUCCUCCUCAUGGACCGGGAGACGACCGGCGCCGUGAGCAUGGUGUACACGCAGUCGGAGAUCCUGCAGAGGGAGGUCUACCUCUUCGAGCGCAUCGACUCCUUCAACAGGGAGGCCAUGAAGCACUUGAAAGCCAUCUGCUUCCUGCGGCCCACCAAGGAGAACGUGGAGCACCUCAUCCAGGAGCUGCGCCGGCCCAAGUACAGCAGCUAUUUUAUUUAUUUCAGUAAUGUGAUCAGUAAGAGUGAUGUCAAGUCAUUAGCUGAGGCUGAUGAACAGGAAGUUGUGGCAGAAGUUCAGGAGUUCUAUGGAGAUUACAUUGCAGUGAAUCCACACGUUUUUUCUCUCAACCUCUUGGGCUGCUGCCAGGGUCGCAACUGGGAUCCGGCCCAGCUGUCCAGAACAACUCAAGGGCUGACUGCUCUGCUUUUGUCUCUGAAGAAAUGCCCCAUGAUUCGGUACCAGCUCUCCUCUGAGCCAGCAAAGAGGCUUGCUGAAUGCGUGAAGCAAGUAAUCACUAAAGAGUAUGAGCUGUUUGACUUCCGGCGCACUGAGGUUCCUCCUUUACUUCUUAUUCUGGACCGAUCUGAUGAUGCUAUUACCCCACUGCUGAACCAGUGGACGUACCAGGCUAUGGUUCAUGAACUGCUGGGGAUUAACAACAACCGUAUUGACCUCUCUCGGGUACCCGGGAUAAGCAAGGAUCUCCGAGAAGUGGUUCUGUCUGCCGAGAAUGACGAGUUCUACGCCAACAAUAUGUACCUGAACUUUGCAGAGAUUGGCAGUAACAUCAAAAAUCUUAUGGAGGAUUUCCAGAGAAGGAAACCUAAGGAGCAGCAGAAACUGGAAUCCAUAGCAGAUAUGAAGGCAUUUGUGGAGAAUUACCCACAGUUCAAGAAGAUGUCGGGCACGGUAUCAAAGCAUGUGACAGUAGUGGGAGAGCUCUCUCGACUGGUUGGUGAGCGGAACCUGUUGGAGGUGUCUGAAGUUGAGCAGGAACUGGCCUGUCAGAAUGACCAUUCCAGUGCCCUCCAGAACGUGCGGCGUCUCCUGCAGAAUCCCAAGGUGACAGAAUUUGAUGCCACUCGGCUGGUGAUGCUUUAUGCCCUGCACUAUGAGCGACACAGCAGCAACAGCCUGCCGGGGCUGAUGACAGAUCUCAAGAACAGGGGUGUGUCAGAGAAAUAUCGAAAGCUAGUGUCUGCUGUUGUGGAAUAUGGAGGGAAACGGGUCCGGGGCAGUGACCUGUUCAGUCCCAAGGAUGCUGUAGCGAUCACCAAACAAUUCUUCAAAGGACUGAAGGGCGUUGAGAAUGUGUAUACGCAACACCAGCCUCUCCUUCAAGAAACACUAGAUCAGCUUAUCAAAGGAAAACUCAAGGACAGCCAGUACCCCUACCUGGGUCCCAACACCCUCCGUGACAGGCCCCAAGAUAUUAUUGUGUUUAUCAUUGGAGGAGCAACAUAUGAAGAGGCACUGACUGUCUAUAACCUUAACCGCACCAACCCAGGGGUCCGGAUCAUCCUCGGUGGUACCACAAUCCACAACACAAAAAGCAGGAAAUGUGGUGAAAUCUAAAUCCUGGGAGAGCCCCUGGAGUUGUCCAGCAGCUGCUCUGAGCUUACAGGGAGCGUCCUGCUCUAAGCUGUGAUGGAAGGAGAGCUUCAACCUUACCAAGCAGAAAUGCAGACAAAAUACAGUCCUUCAACAGGAAGGAGAAGUUAUCAUUUUCACCAUUCAGGAUGAAGUUUUAAGAGCUGAUUAAGCUCUUAAGGCCCUGGUGAGGCCUCAUCUCGAGCACUGUGUCCAGUUCUGGGCUCCCCAGUACAAGAGAGACAUGGAGCUACUGGAGAGAGUCCAGCGUAGGGCUACAUGGAUGAUCAGAGGGCUGGAGCACCUGCCCUGUGAGGAACGGCUGCGAGAGUUGGGCCUGUUCAGCCUGGGGAAGAGAAGCCUGAGGGGGGAUCUGAUCAAUGUGUACAAGUACCUGAAGGGAGGGUGUCAAGGGGACGGGGACAAACUCUCUUCAGUUGUCCCAUGUGACAGGACAAGAGGCAAUGGGCAGAAAUUGAAGCACAGGAAGUUCCGCCCGAACGUGAGGGGCAAUUUCUUCCCUGUGAGAGUGACGGAGGCUGCCCAGAGAGGUUGUGGAGUCUCCCUCUCUGGAGAUGUUCAAGGCCUGCCUGGAUGCAACCCUGUCUAAUGUGCUCUAGGUGACCCUGCUAAGCAGGGGGGUUGGACUAGAUGAUCUCCAGAGGUCCCUUCCAACCUUACUGAUUCUAUGAGUCUAUGAAGAGCUUUGGGUGCCUCAACAACUUAAAAAAAAAAAAAAACAAACUCUCUCCUCAAGUUCAGGAAACUCAAUCUUAACACCACAAGCUUUGUAAGCCAGAAAUACAGCUGUCAAGCACUUCCUUGAUCUCAGUUACUGACAGGUGGACUCAAGCGUAGUGCAUAGGCUAAACUCUGGCUUGCUUUUCUGGCCAUGUAGAUGCACUGAUCUUGCAUUAAAAAGUCCAGUGUGAUACUUUAAA